GCAUAGUUUGAACCUCCAAGCUGUCCAUCGUCGACACAGGACUCACAUUGUUUUCCUAUUUCGCAGAAAGUACAACAGAACCCUGUUUGGCACAUUUAACACACUCAACCUAUUUCUAUCUCUUACGAAAUUAAAAUAGACAUAUUCUAGUUUUCUUUUUGUUAGCGUAGCGGAGUUAGCAGCCGGCUAGGGUUCCGUUUGGAACGUUGUGAAAGCAGUAAAUAAGCUAACGUUGCCAUCAGGAAACAGUGGUGCUUCGUAGCCUUUUCCACUGACUAUUAUUUUGCAGCUUUUCCACCCGAAUGAUGAACUAUUCUGACUACGACUCCGAUGGAUACUCGUCUAAUGACGACGCAGACUACGUCCCAUCAGAUGAUGACCUUAGUGAGGAUGAUAUCAAUGAGUGUGAAAAGGAAGAGCCUCUAGAAGGAGGUGAUGUGCCACAUCUUGACUAUGUCAGCAAGAAGAAGAGGAAAAAAAUGGACAUCAGUGUGAGAAAGAGGAAUAAAAGAGUUCUUAAAGUAGACAAGGAGGAGAAGGGUGGUGAUGGAGCAGAAGAGGCACAGCUGCCACAGGAAGAGGUGGAAAUAAACCAAGUGUUAGAGAAGGAUGAUGAUGCAAAACAGAAGAAAAAGUCAGAUGACCUGUGGGCAAGUUUCCUGUCUGAUGUUGGAACCAGACCCAAAGACUGCACCACUGCCUCACAGUCAAGUACCACACAGAAGGAUGAGUCCUCAGUGUUGAAGGUGGCUCCUUGGAGUAUAGAAACAAAAGUAUCAGAAGCUGCUAAAGUCACCAUCACUAAAGUUUUUGACUUUGCUGGAGAAGAAGUUAGGGUGAAUAAAGAAGUAUCAGCAGACUCCAGAGAUGCUAAGAGUUAUCUGAAGAGCCAGAACACCAAACACAAGGAGAAUGAAGAUGAUGCAGAGAUGAGUUUAUCAACCAGACAACCAACUCUUCCUGGCCCCAGCAGUGCCAAGCGCCCAGCAGGCGUGACGAGCAUCCUGAGCCGUAUCGGUGGAAAGAAACAGAAGAUGAGCACACUGGAAAAAUCUAAGAUGGACUGGGAUGCUUUUAAAUCAGAAGAGGGCAUCACUGAGGAGCUGGCCAUCCACAACAGAGGCAGAGAGGGGUAUGUGGAGCGGAAGAACUUCUUGGAGCGUGUAGACCACCGCCAGUUUGAGUUAGAAAAAGCAGUGCGACUAAGCAACAUGAAACAAUGACACAGAUGGAUGGUGCACACCGAUCCUCUUUCUCUCUCUCUCUCUCUCUCUCUCUCGCUCUCUCUCAUUCUUGCCUUUACAACUUCUGUCUUGGUUUUGUACUGUUGUCCAUUAUUUCUCUAAAAGAUUAUAUUAUUUCAUCAGAUUAAUUUCUGAUCUCUGGGAACAUGGUGACGUCAUUAAAAAGAAGACAGUGGGGUUAAGGUUGAGGUUAGGCAUGGCAGUGAGAGUGUGACCUGCUGUGGUAAUAUGGUGUGCUAAAUUUUUUAUCUCACAGCACUUCCCCUGACCUGAGAUGCACCACCAGUCAGGUCUGCCUAGGCAAUUUACAUAUUGAUAUUUUGAUCACAAUGCUCCGAGAAUCAGUUUAACCAAACACAUUGUUAAUUUAAUACUUGAACAGAUCACAUUCCAACAGCAAGCAGAAAUGAGGUAUUAUAGAUACGUUCCAUUCUCCCCAAUGCAGAAACUUUAGACUCAAGUUUGUUAAACCAUAAUAAUAUAGCUACUGCUCAUAAAUCAAACCAAAGUUCUAGCAUAUUCUAAACAUAUUGUUACUGUAAACAGAAACCGAGCACCAUUCCACAGCUUCCAGAUUCCAGUUGCUAAAUUUAUCCAAUGAGUUCUGCAAAGCUUAACCUCUUGCUCCAUUAGCUGCAACGGAUUUUUGGGCUCUCUGAUUUGAUAUUUACCUCAUUGCUCCGUUUCAUGUCCAAAACAUCACCAACUGAGUCUACUAACAUUAUGGAAAAAAUCCCUGGCCCUCUAUAAUACAUUAUGUAAUAACGCAUUUUGAAAAUUCUGACUUCUUACAUUUCCCAGUUGUACGGUCCUGAAAUACACUGCAAACAUCACAGCACACUACUGACCCUGUUAUCUGCCAUAGAGAAUGUUGAAUGUUGUGAGUGGAGACUCCUCAUGAACACAUUAGUGGUUCAGUAUGUCCUUGUGUCAAAUGUUUGGUUAAGAUUCUUACCAAUGUUUGUUCAUUUUAUUCAAAAUGUUCAGGGAAUGUUUUUGUUUGGUCUUUUUUGGCCAUUAAUAUUUUUGGGCUGGAAGAAAAACAGCCUUUUGAAUUUUGACAUUUUUAUCUUUUUUAAAACAUCAUGGGACACUGAAACACCUUGCUGACAACUUGAAUUGACAGCUUUGUGUGGACACUGUACCGAAUACAAAAAAUACAGUGCAGUCUGUUCCUUAGCUUUUGUUUUGUCCCAGUUUUUAACAAAUGUGGACAAACACAGAUAAGGGGGGGUAAAAGAGGAUCGAUGCGAGGCUCAGAAGGAGAUUUGAUGUCUUGAUAGUUUGACUGUGGAGUUGCAGUUCUCUGUUUAUUCAUGUAAAUAUUAAAUAUCCAACGAACACCAAAGGAUUAUUUAAGAGUGCUAGUUUAUUUGUUUUUUGUUCAGCAGGACCUCUGUGGGAAAAUCUGAAAUUUCCAUCUCCAUAAAAUCAAUCCAGUGUGUCCAAAAUAUGU